GAUAUAAGAGGGGUUGGAGGGAAGAGAAGACAGACAGACAGGGAGGAGAAGGAGGGGGAGGUGGUGGUGAUAGGCUUGAUUAUUAUUCGCUGCGGAUGUUCUGGGACAGGUUUCUUUCCACCGCGGUGAGUUUGGACGGAUAAGCUCACCAUGGCGCUGGAACCGGAGGGGAACAACCGGCUCCUCCAAGACGUGCUGUCGAGACCGGGGAACGAAACGUGCGCGGACUGCGGCAAUCCAGAGCCAGACUGGGCGUCUCUCACUUUGGGUGUGUUUGUUUGCCAGGCCUGCUCGCUCCUUCACCGGAGCAUCCCCCACAUCAGCCGGGUCAAGUCUGUCCAGGACACGUGGGAUGCCAGUGAGGUGGAGUUAAUGGCUGCUAUGGGAAACAAUGCAGCAAAGGCCAAAUAUGAGCAGAAGGUUCCUGCUUUCUACUACAGACCAACACACACUGACUGCAAGCUGUUGAGAGAACAGUGGAUCAGAGCCAAGUAUGAAAGGAAUGAGUUUGAGUUUAUUGAAAAACAGGAGCCUUACUCUGCAGGGUACAGAGAAGGGUUUCUAUGGAAACGAGGAAGAGACAACGGUCAGUUUCUUAGCCGAAAGUUCAUCCUGUCGGAGAGGGAGGGUGCGCUAAAAUACUUCAACAAGCAGGAUGCCAGGGAUCCCAAAGCGGUGAUGAAAAUUGAGACACUCAAUGCCACCUUCCAGCCGGCUAAAAUUGGCAACCCCUGCGGCCUGCAGAUCACCUACCUGAAAGACAACAGCACAAGAAACAUCUUUGUCUACCACAGCGAUGCUAAGGAGAUGGUGGACUGGUUCAAUGCUAUCAGAGCAGCCAGGUUUCACUACCUACAGGUGGCCUUCCCCGGAGCAAGUGACGAGGAGCUGGUGCCCAAACUGACCCGAAAUUUCAUGAAGGAAGGCUUUAUGGAGAAAACGGGUCCAAAGCACACAGAAGGCUUCAAGAAGAGAUGGUUUACGAUGGAUGACAGGAGACUGAUGUACUUCAAAGAUCCUCUGGAUGCAUAUGCCCGUGGUGAGGUCUUCAUCGGCAGUAAGGAGAACAGCUACACUGUCCUGUCCGGCCUGCCCCCGUCCACACAGGGCUACCACUGGAACCAUGGCAUUACCAUCGUCACACCAGACAGGAAGUUCCUGUUUGCCUGUGAGACAGAGGCCGAGCAAAGGGAUUGGAUAGCUGCCUUCCAGAGGGUCAUAAAUCGACCAAUGAGGCCACAGGAAUAUGCAGUGGAGGCCCAUUUUAAACACAAGCCUUGAAGACUGCAGGAAGCCACAGCUCGGCUGGACCGGCCCAGUCUCGUUCAGAUCAGAGACAGUCCCAGUGUGUGACCACAGACUAUAGCAGGAGGUGGUGGGCUGGCGUUGGAGGACAUGAGGAGGGGCCUCGGGAUGGGCCGGUAUGAGAAAAUAUCAUGAAGCAGAAGAGACAGAACUUGAACUCUAAUGGGACUGAAGGCCCAACAUGGGAUGAAAUGUUGGUGAUCAGAGGCCAAAGGGUAGAUGACGUCACCACUAAUGCGCCUACCAACCUUGUGCUAUACAUUAUCAUCCUUACUUUCCUCAGCCAUACGAUCCCUUUCCCUGCAACCCCCACCCAACCCCUCAGAUUUUGUCUUGUGAAUGGUUCAUUCUACCUGUAAUCUAAUGUAAUUAUUGUAAUCUAGAGUCGUUUCACUGGUUGCUUAGCAAAGACAAUGCAUUGUUAAUUUAUUGAAUGUACAGUUUUGAUGACAGUAGCCUACUGUAUGUGUGGAAAUUGUGAUGUUUUCAUUGAGGACGCUGUGAGGUUGAACCUCUGGCACUGAAACCCUGUUAAACCUGAACCUACAAAGUGCUGUUAACAACAAAUAUGCAUAAAAACAUGCAAACUCUCUCAGUGAUCACCGUCGCUGUUAACGUAGCCGGAGGUGGCUGAUCUACAUCCAGACAGGGUUCUUUUAAAACCUCAAUCUGACAGCUGUUCUCUUAUUUAUAUGUACUGUUGAGCAUACUGAGUCAUUGUAGACGGUUAUUGCUGCUUUUAAGGAUUGUAAUGUGACAGGACUGUAAUUUAUAUAACACAACAACAACAACAACAACUGUUUUACUUACGUUUUUGCAUCUUGUUUUAAAGACACACUGUUGCUGUGACCUUUAAUUCACAGUGAUAGUUUGUUCGGUUAUGAAGUCUUAACAUUAAUACAGAUGAAAAUGAGAUCAAAUGGCAGUAUUUGAUUUGUCCUCAGUGUUUAAGACGUGUCAGUAUAUCUGUGUCUUCUUUGAGACUACAUACGGUACAAAUAUGACAGUAAAGGAUUAUUACAGUUUAUUACAACUUGGGUUUUAUUGUCAAUUCUCAUUGGUAUUAAUAGUAUUAAUUUUAUUUCAUUUUUGUAAAAUGUAUAAUGUGAAGCAGUGUCACGUACCACAACAUUUAUAGCCAUUAGUAGAUCCAAAACACUGAAAUUAAUUUUAAAAAAGCAGUAGCUUAGCCUUGUCUUUCUUGCCUUGCUAGAUUUUGCUGUAGUGAUGUCAUUCCCACCAGUUAAUUUGGAAAACUAUCAAACACCCAAGUUGAAAUAAAUCAAAAUUAUCCUUUAAAGCCCCUGAAAAUUUCCUGUUCUUUUUGAGCAUGUUUGCUGCACAUACAGCGUUAUAAUGACAGAGCAGUUAUUCCCUUUUUUGCCAGCAGAUGGAACUCUUCAGCUACUUUAAAAGGGAGCUCAGCUCAUAUAUUGUCGCUGUCAGGUAUGAAAUCUUCAUAUGGUCAUCCCAUAGAGGAACAUGCCGUCCUCAAAUUGGAAUGAAGAAAUGAAAGUCACAGACUGGGGACAAUUUAAAGGAAUGAUCCACUAUUUUGGCAAACACAUUACUUUCUUGCCCAAGGUUUGAUGGGAGACCCAUAGCACCCUAAUGUCUGUGCAUUACAUGAAUACUACACUGAUCUAGCACUGCACUCCUAUAACAUUGUUGGGCUCAAGAAGGACAAUAAAAAGAUGUAUCAAAAU